AUGAGGAACUUCCUCGGAAAGCACAGCAACCGGUCAUCGCAUGCGCUCAACGAGCCGCGAACUCCGCCCAAGACGCCAGCGACAGCGACGACGACGAACAACAAGAGCAACCAACCUCCCUUAACUGGCAGUGCAGCAGCACCUCAAGCUCAACCGAUAGGCCACCAGCGCCAACCAAGCCAUCAACCCCAGUCGCAGCUUCAACAACAACAGCUCCAGCUCCAGCUCCAGCAGGAUCAACACUACCAAGUCCAGCAGCACCAGCAACUCAUUGAUGAGGCGGACUCAGCCUCCCACAGCGCCCACUUCGGCCACCCUCAAUCUCACUCACACUCGCACAACAGCGCCAGCGCCAGCGCCAGCGCCAAUCCCAGCAGCGCCAACAAUCCUUCCACCAUAAACCCCCAUUCAGCCUUGUCCUCGUCCCAUAACACUGCCUUCAGCUCUAGCGAAUCUUUCGAUUCCCAACAGCCGCCGCAACCGCCUCAUUACUUGCAGCAACAGCAGCAGCAAUCGCCGUUACAUCUUCAACAUCCUCAGCAGCAAACUCAAGGUUCUUUGCCGCUAUUGCCUUCCCCCUCCUCCGCUUCCGCUGGCGCCCCUCCCCCACCUCACCUCUAUAGUUCACCCUCAGCUGCGAGCAGUACGACCGGUGCAAACGUUACCAGCAAUCCUCCGUUAUUGCAACAGCAACAGAGCUCCAACCUAUCUAAGGUAGCAUACGAUCCUCACCAACCCCAAGGCGAAUUUCACGACCCUGGACUCGGUCGCUCGCAGAGUGUCCGCUAUAGCGCUACCGCACCCUACGAUAAUCAGAACCAGUCUGUUGACGACCUGAACCGCUACAGUCAAAUUCUACCUCAGCAGCAACAGCAACAAGUGCAGAAUCAAGCGCAAACAGCUCCUGCCGAGAAGCGGUCGACUCGAAAAUUGAUUAAGGGCAUAUUUUCUGGGUCCAAUCGUGGGGCGUCUGACAGCCAGCACCACCAAGGCAUAAGCAUCGGUCACAGUAACAACCAAUCCUACGAUAACACUGGCGGCCUUGCACGUCGACCGUCCAAGCGGGUCCAGCAGCUGCCCGAGAGUAGCCAACGAUCCCAUCUACCCCAGCUUUCAUCUCGCAAGGGACUCAACGAUAUUAAUGAACACUAUAUCGCACAUCAAUCUAACGAACAAUCAUUAUUGCAGACUUCACGAAUUUCGCUCCACAACACCAUUCGCCAAGUCACUGGUGAGGCAGACCAGCAACAGCAGCAACAACAUAAAGAAGACGCCGCAUACCACCAGAGCCAGAACCAAAAACAGACCCCGCUUCAGCAACCCCACGUUCAGUUACACACAGACGAUCAACAACCGCAAUCUGCCUACGAAACAAACGCAUACGACCACCAACAAACGUCUCUCAACCAGGCGCAACAGCCCUACCAGUUUUCAAACGCCCAGCAGCAGUCUGGCUAUCAGGGUGGGAACCAAGGUGGAGAUUUGAGAUCAGCUCCCGCGCAUCUGGGUCCUAGCACGCAGUUUCAGAACCCUGAAACAGUCUCGCAGUUCUCGCAUGAAUCUCCUAUCGCCGACUCGGAUCAACGUUCAACCAAUUUACAGUCAGCGACCAACUCGCCUGCUGUGAAUCACUCUUUGUAUAUUCAACAACAGGGCUCAACACCGAGCCUCCCUCCUAUUCAGCAAAUAACUCCCCAGCCACAGCAGCCGGGUAUGGCACCACCUACCGGAGGACCUCCGGCCUCACGCCGUCCAGACUCGGACAAGUUGCGCGGACAAACUGACGUCCCUGGCGGUCCGCCCCCCACUUACCGUCCCGCCAACUCUAUGAACAACAUGAACCCGCUACCCCCCGUCCCGCCUCAGGCAGCUGGCCAGUCACAAGCAUACAGAGGCGAUCGCCCGCCUCCGUUUGAGGGCCAGACGGUUGACCAGGGACGAGACAGCCCCCAACCUGUAUCUGCUGUGCCAGCUGAUUCUAGCGAAAACGACAAGUCAUUCAAGGAUCUGCUGACCAAAUAUAAGAAUGUUAAGCGACUUUACUUUGACGGCAAGGCGCAGAUCGAUGGUCUCAACGGCCAAAUCGUGCAUCUUCAGAACGCUGUAGCCAAUCAACGCAUGUCGCAAUCGCGCACCGCUCUCGACGACAGUGAAUACUCUACACGGUUCAACCGGCUCAAUGGUGCCAUUAACAACCUCUCUUUCAACAUCCGUAAAGAUUGGCGAUGCGUACCCCAGUGGCUCGACAAGUACGUCAGCGCAGAGGCACUCAAGACCGGAAAGGCUGAGAUGACGGCUGUCGGACGAGCAGUAAUCUCACGAUGGUUGAUGGAGGAGGUGUUUAACAAGUGCUUUCAUCCGGGCCUAGACCCGCAGCUAAGCCAGUCGCUCAAAGAGAUUGAGCUUGGCAUCCGAAGCAACUCGUACACCCUGACUAGCCAGGAAGAAUUUGAUGCAUUGACGAGCAAGAUCGUGAGCUGGCGAAUGACGUCGCUUGACGGUCUCCAUCGUCAACUCAACUCGCCGACAGCGACUGAGAACCGUAACAACUUUAUUGCCAAAACAACAACUAAUCUGACGGCCUGUCUCUACCAAUUCCUCAACACACCACCGCCACCUGGUGUGGACGGUAGUGCAUCGAUGAUUGUGGAGCUCGCUGUGGGCAUUGCAGCUAACCUUCCCCUGGAAAGUCGCGAUGUGGCUAUCUCUUACCCGCUCCCUGGAGAAAUUGUUCAGCCUCACUUGAUGGAAGUUGAAAAGGCGGCACUACCAGUGUUGGAGGCACAGAAGGGAGAGGGAGACGUUGAUGAUAAAGAUGCUGACGACGAGAAGAAAGUCAAGACUGGUACGUUGAAUAAAGCAGCUCCGCCCGAGAGCGGGAAGGAUGAAGACUCCUCAAAGAGCAUAAGGAUGGAUGCUGACAAGGACACUUUUGUAGCCGCCCUGCCGAAGGAUUCGAACAGGGUGCGGUUUGCAGGAUUUAUGGCGCUGGAAGUGCGAGGAAGGCAGGUGUUGAUGAAAGCACCCAUCUGGACUCUAUGA